AUGGAAAUAUUUGUGUCGGUAGGCAAGACUUCUUGGACUUCAUAACCUGGUUAUGUAAUCGAUAUACUUAAUUAAAUUAGGCAUGAUAUCUGUUUAAUACAGUGCAUUGAAAGAGUGAAAUUCUCAUUUACAGUGUCAGUCUUGAAUAAACCAAGUAAAAAGCCUCAAAAACGAAAAUCCACAGGUACGGUAACUCCAGAGUAUGGGAAUUCCUAUGAGGCCAGUCAAUAUCGGUCGGUUACGAACAUUGUCCGACCCAUUCGUGAAAUUGUCCUACGUGCGGAGGAAACCACGGGACAUUCUGUCUGAUCUAAUUGAAACUGAGGUUUAUUAUUUGUCCGACCCCAGUGUAGUGAUGUCCAACCGAACUGUAGCUUUGUCCAACAUAAUUCAUAAAUCAAAAUGUAUGGUACCCUAGUCCAGGAGUAAAGGCUUGUAUGCUAUUAAAUGGAGUGAUGUACAAAAAGUGAACUGGAAAUGUUGUUUUAAUGUAAUCGAGUACGGGGCGGCAUUUACCUUUCAGAAUUAAUAUUCGGUAUCGUGCUGAUAUUAUUUUGUGUCAUUCAGAUUUAUUUCUGAGCCAAACUGAACUGAAGGUCAUCGGACAUCAUCAUACGCAUGUCCGACCCAAACUCAACUUAGUCAUCUGACAUUUUGUCAGAUAUUUUAAGGACUGGUUAAAUCAUCAUUUGUUUACUAUUAUAAUGUAAUCAAGUCAUAGCAAUAUAACUUUUCCUAUGAAAAACAGUGUUUGAAGUAUACACUUACAGGGUUGUCAGCACUUAAUAUUAAACCAUUUACUAGCACUACGGUACUCUACUGUAUCACUGACAAGUAAAAUUGUUGUUGUGUAUUUGACCAUGAAAAUAGGGUGCUUGUAUCUACACACAUUGCGAGAUAAAAGGCUAAUAACAGUAAUAAGGUCGUCAUGGUAACUGGGUGGCUAGUGUUGUAACUUCAUAGAUUACCUAUUGACAUAUUUAUACAUCAUUUCCUGAAUUCAUCUUAUUUCUAUAGGCUCCAAAAAUUGUGGCAACAAAAAAUCCAAACCAAACAAGAGACAAGAGGAGAUUAGUUUAAAUGCAGAACAUGAUGAACUGCUAAUCACCCAAAUAUUAAAUGCGGAAUUGUCAGAACUGCCAUGUCAUCCAUCUGUUAGUACUCCAACACAAAAUAAAACCACUCCCGGUACUCAUCCACACUUUGGAGGAAAGCAGCCAAAACAACACAAGCCUCCAAAGUGUCUCAAUGUAGCAUGCAAGAAGAGUAAAAUCAAACUGGAGGAGGAGCUACAAGCAACAAAGGAAAAGUUGCAAACAGCACUAGAUGAAUUGGGUAAUUACAUGUAGUUUGAACUUACUGUCACAUCUUUUUUUAACUCUGCAUUAUUUAUUUAUUUAUUUAGCUUUGCCAACUAGGGCAGGGUCUCCACAACAGCAUGUGCCAAUUGCUGAGGGCCCUUUUACCUAAUCCACCCUGUCUACUUUUCCUGUGGGAAGAAAUCGCAGUAUCCGCGGAAAGCCCACAGCUUUCGGCAGAGCGUUGACUUUUACUCUUUUCACAUAAGGACUGGAUUCAAGUCACAUUGAGAAAGUUCUCACCAGAGGUGGUCCAAGGCAACUGCACUAACCACUUGGCCACUGAAGCCCCAAUUCAUCUGUCAUAACAUAAUUCCAAUUGAAUUUGAAUGUGUCACCUCUGCGUGUACAGUACUUUGAAAUUUACAAGUUUUUGUUAGAGUAAAAUACUGGUAGUGUAUGUUUGAGACAAGCAUUGACACUUGACAGGUUGACAUCUGUAAUCUGAUAACUGGAAUUUGCUUAAACAUACUGUAUUAGUUUACUAAUAAUUUGUUAGGGAAGUAGAAAACAAUAUUGCUUUAUUUUGUUAAUAUGAUAAUACUGGACACUUGAUGAAGCACAUUGAUCCAGUUUUGUGACAAUAGAUCAAAAUUUAUUCAGUUCUGGGUUGGAUUAAGUGAUUUGUGUAGGUUGUCAUUCCAAAUGCUUCAAUUCGGACUUCACAGGAUAUCAAGUCCUUGCAAUUAGUUCAGUCCUUGGCUUUGCGUCAGAAUUAGUUAAUUGCAUGGACUGGAUUUCCAGUGAAGUCCUCAUACUGUAGUCGGAUUUGACAUAUUGCAUAAACUUCAUUUUAAUUUAUAACCUGGGAUACAGUAAAUUUGUUAUUGAUCACCUGUUCAUUUCAAGCUUCCAUUACAUAACAGAGUUAAAUCACUGAAUAUAAAUGCACAUAUAGACUUUUCGAUGUUUAUUUUAGACACUCUUGGAAAGGUCAACGAAAACACCACUAACAAUGUCAAUGUGAGAUUUGGAAAGGUUCCACGGAGUGUUGCGAUUUCUAGAAAUGUAGGUGCCAGUACUUUGUAACUUGGCAUGCAAAUUAAAUCAAGUAAUUCAUGUUUAGUGUACAAGUAGAGAUUAUACACAGGAAAAAUUUUCUUGCUACAGAAAAUAAAGCAAGAUAUCUGAUAAGCCAGAUGCCUUAAUGGUGAACAUCCGAGUGCGACCAUAUUCUAUAGAUGUUGUUUAUUACUUUAAAAUAUACUAAAAAAUUUUAUUAUUUUUUAAUUUUUUGUACACAGUGGGAAGAAAUCAGCAAUGGAGUAUGGUGCUGCCCCGUCAAGGUGAAAGCAGCAGUUAGAAAUUCCAAUACACGAACUGGCCUGGCAUGUAGCCUUUUAUCUGUGUUCUACCCAAAGGCUGAACUGGAAGGGAAAAGGCUGCAUGAGCUGAACAAAGAUGUGGUAGAUGCAAUUAUUGGUAUGAGACAAGAUUAAUAAAUGGCAUAUAAUAUAUGCUAUUUAGUUAGUACAUUUAGCCUGACUAAUUAGCUUUCUUCUAGUCUAGCGAUAAAGCCCAACUGAUGGUAUGACAUCACUAGCAAUAUUUAUAUCGAUCAUCACUAUACUCACUAGAAUAUAUUUAUUAUUUUGUACAGAUUUUUGUAUGGUGGCAAUAAUUGUUGAAAAGACUAAAAAGAGCAUCGACGAAAGUAGUGCGGAGAAUGAGCCAGCUGCAAGAGCGACGACAGCAAAAGCAUGUACCCGAAGCCACAUAAUGCAGGCGCUAAGGUUGAAGUGCAAUGUGUUGGUGCAUAGCAAUGGGAAGAAGAAUGGAAAGACAGAUUUGUUGUGA